GGUGCGCAUGAAUUUCUACCUAAUGAAAGAAAAAAAAAACAGAGAGAGAGAGAGAGAAAAUGAUCAAACCCGAAGUGGGUCAAAUAUGGAAAGGGAUCCAACAAGCAGAAUCCAACUGAAGCCCGGACCCAUAACAAAGGCUUCGUGCCGGGUUAACGUUUCGGAUUCGGGUGAAAACUUCGAUGGGUCCGACCCAUUUUCCAUGUGGCGCGAUAACACAUCGCCACGUCUCCAGAAGAGGAGCUAUAUAAAACGCAGACCUCGGCAUUUUUUUCCCUCGGCUUUCCGGGGCGCCAUCGCUUCGGUGUUCCCCUCCAUUUAAACUUCAAACGCAGAAAGCAAGGUUAAGCGAGCGACAGCGAGGGAGCGAGUGGCAUUAAUCUCGCAAUCCUAGAUCGUUUCCGUUCUUCUUCCGUCGUUCCCCAAGCGCUAGACGCUUCCCCUGUGAAUCCGCAUCCCAAAACCCUAAUUCCUGAGCGACUCUGUCGAGACCGCCAUGGACUCUCACCAUAAAGCCGAGGACCUCGCGUCUCUGAUCGUACGAUCCGCAUCUCCCGCCGAGGUGUCGGCCGCCAUCGCCUCCGUGCGCUCCUUCCUUCUCAGCCAUCCCGCCGAUCGAUCCCGCCCUUUCUUCUCCCUUGCCUUCCCCGCCCUCAUCUGCAAGCUCUUCGGCUUCGAUGUUUCCCCUUCCCAGAAACAGGCAUUGCCACUCGGGUGGAUCGAUCGUUUCCAGGACGACGAGGUUUCGGGUAAUCUCUACGAGCUGCUCUCCCCUUCUGGCUUGCUGUUUUCGUCGAUUUUCUCCGCCGACCGGCGUUCUCUGGUCAAGUUUGUAUUCCCGAUUGAGAGGUUGCCGGAGUGGGUGAAAGUCGUGUUGGCCGACGACAGGUACCGGCCGCUUUUGACAGAAUUGUGCCCAUUGUUCGGUUCUAGGAUUAAGCAGGAUUCGGGCCAGAUUCAGUUGAACGUUUUUGAGUACUUCAUGUUCUGGUUUGCUUAUUAUCCGGUUUGCAAAGGAAGGACCGAGAGUUCCGGUACUGUGGUACCGCGGAAGAACAAGCUAUUUAGGUUAGAAAGAUGGACCUCGUCGCUGCCCGUGUUACACGGUGGUAGCAGACCACCGGGGACGAAGACAGAGCUGAGUCUUUACAGCCGGCUUCUUUAUGCAUACCUACGAGCUUUUGUGCCCACUCAGAGGCUCAGUUCUUCAUCUUAUCCGUAUCGGAGCUCCUUACUUCAUUAUUCCGCCACUGAAGAUAGCUGUCUUGAAUCAAGGGCGGAGUUCUUGUUGUACACAUUUAUGCAUUUUUGGUUGAUCGACAAUGACUUUUCACCGGUGCCUGUGAACAUUCAACGUUCUCUUGGCGUCUCUUUCGCCCUACGUGCUGCCUUGGACGAAUUACCUCCGGUUGCGGGGGUGGGUGACGUUGCAUUAUUAUUGUUUGAAUAUCUGAAUUCCGAUGCAAUGCUAUAUGGUGAUGCACUUGACAUGGAAACGAAGGCUUCAAUUUCGACCGAUGUACGGCACGGUCAUCGGUUCGACCCAUGGAAUUUGUUGCUAAGGCGGCCUAUGUAUAGGUAUAUACUAAGAACGUUGGAGUUCUGCCCUGUUGGGAGUUCUAUUAGGAACGUCGGCGAAGUUUUCCAUCUGUGGACACGCUACUUGGAGCCUUGGAAAAUCAACUUGAGGCGUUACAUUGAUCUUGAUGAAAAGGAUAGGAAAGCUGAAGAGGCUGAUCGCCUGAGGAAUCAGGGGUACGUUGGAUUUUCUCCGAAGAGCAAUCAGUUGAGAAACAACCGAGAGGAUGAGAAUAUGAACCAGCCGGAUAAUACGUAUACACCUGGCUGGCAAGGUUAUGUAACGUCAAAUUACCUCUUCUAUACAUCGCUUGUUGUUCGUUUCCUUAAUUUUGCUCAUAAGUUCCUUCAUGUUGACGUGGAGACGGUGAUUCAGAUGACACAGAAGGUGCUGAGUAUUUUGCUUUCAAGUGGAGAGCUGUUGGAUCUUUUAAAAAGACUUCAUGUUGCUUAUAUUUCUAAACCAGUACCUGGACCUUCUUCUUCAAAUGACAAUUUGUAUAAAUUUGUGCCUUCGAUCCGUGUGCAGUUACAGGACUGGGAAGAUGGUUUACCUAGUACUGGUGAUGCUGAAAGAUCUUCCUCCCAUGAAAAUUCAUCUUCCUCUUUGAAGCUUUUUAGUGAUUCUGAAGAUGGUGGGAAACAAUUGCUUCAGCUAUUAAUCCUGCGUGCGGAAACUGAGGUGCAAUCCAUCUCUGGGGAGAAGAGGCUGCGGUGUCUUCAAGCUUUGCAGUCCCUCAAGUCUCUGGUCAUCAUCCUCUUCGGUCCAGCUGAAAGAUUCAGGGGUACAACACCUGAACCAGUGAGUCUCACACCUGUCCGAGAGGAGGUGUUCACGCCCAAGCACCCAGGUGUAGGAAAAUGCACAUGGGAUGAUGUAAAAUAUAAAGGGGACUGGAUGAGACGGCCAAUAACUGAUGACGAGGUGGCAUGGAUGGCAAGAAUUCUAGUCCGCUUGUCUGCUUGGCUGAAUGAAAUACUCGGCCUUGAUCAGCAAGGCAUCAGGGAUACAGCAUUUGGAUGUCUAAAUGGCCCGGAGAGGGGGUGGAGGUAUGUGGAAGUGAGUGCCAACGAAGCUCAGAUUAGUGUCCGGGAUGCUGUGAGGAUGUUGGUUUGCUGGGUGGGAUCACGGUUGCUUAUGGUGGGGCAUGCAGCUCAGAGGCUUAUGAGAGAGCGUGAUCUGAGGGUCAAUCUCAGGGUUAUGGCUUCAAAGAAGGUUGUCGCAGAUGCGCCAUUGAGGGUCUCUUCCGAGCGUGCUACAACAGCCCGUGGGAAUAUGGCCAAGUUGUGUCCUCAAGGGCCAGACGACUUCUGGGUGCAAGCGACAGAAGAGAAUAAUUCGAACAAGGACAGGAGGCUGUUCAAACAAGAACAGGAGGGACAGUCGUGCCAUGCAUUUCAACCGCCUAUUUGCCAUCCGUACAAGGCGAAGGACCUCAUCGGGAAACAAAAGGGAAUAAGCAGAGCAAACAAUGUGUUGCCUCAGUUAUGAGAAAAGAAGAUAACAAAGUUGCUCAUGUUCUAUUGUUUCUUCUACUGUCAAUUCUCAAAUGGUCCAAAACCCCACCAUGCGUUUUCUUUUUAACGUACUCCUUACCCGGUGGUUCGAUGGUCCUACUCCACUGUUAUUCCAAUCAUGUUGUUUCAUCGAGGACAAGGACAUAAAGGAGUCGGAUCAUCUGUAUGUGUGUGUAUAUAUAUAUAU